AUGUUUGGAAAGGUUUCUAUCCUGAGCGCGCUCGUUAGCGCUGCCUCUGCUGGCACCAUCGUUUGGGAUGGACGCUUCAACGACAUGACCUCGAGCGCUGACAUCGCCAAAUGGUCCUUCGCCACCCCAGUUGGCUCAUACCAAUACUACAUCCACGGCGCCGGCUCUAUUGACAAAUACGUCAACCUGGACAGCAAAUUCAAGAACCCCGCAGACGAGGGCUCCAAGCAAGGUGCCAAGAUCACCAUCGACGAGACCUCUAAGUGGAACGGCCAGACGAUGCUGAGGACUGAGCUCAUCCCCCAGACCUCCGCCACUAUCAACAAAGGCAAGCUCUUCUACCACUUCUCCAUCAAGACCGGCGCGGACAAUGCCCCGCUCGCCGCCAACGAGCACCAAAUCGCCUUCUUCGAGUCUCACUUCACCGAGCUCAAGUACGGCGGUGACGCCAAGAACAAGCUGCAGUGGUGCGUCAGCGGCCAGCCCAAAUGGGACGUCGAGCUCAAGGCCGACGAGUGGCACAACGUAGCCUACGAGAUCGACUUCGAUGGCGGUGCCGUCACUUUCUGGUACUCGACUGGCAGCGAUGCUCUGGCCAAGACGGCCGGUCCCUUCACCACCACCACCUCUUCCGACGGCAAGGACUUCCACGUUGGUGUGUUGCGUCUGCCUGGCAGCAACGACGCACCUGGUGCGGAGGAUUGGUUCUUCAGCGGCGUGUACAUUGAGAGCGGCGAGAUUAACACCUCAGUCAACAGCGCUGGUGGUGCGGCUGGUGCGGCUCCCGCUCCCGCUUCUCCUGCUAAGCCCAGCUCCUCUGCUGCCUCUUCGACUCUUGUGACGGUUGUUAAGCCCUCGGCUGCUGCGUCUUCGAGCGUUGUAGCUCAGGCGACUCCGGUUGUGACUCCUACCCCGUCUCCUGCUGCUCCUGUUGUGACUCCUUCUGCGUCUCCCGCCGCUCCUGCUGAGACACCCGCUGCUCCUCAGCCUGGCUCUGGCUCCGGCUCGGAUGCUAAAUUGCCCAAGGAGUUCACCAUCAAGCAAUUCGUCGCUUGGUUGAGGGCGAAGCAGGCCCAGGGCAACUAG